AUGGCACAGCCGCCCGCGUUUGUGGUUGUCAACCUUCUGUCUUCCUGCUUCGCCGCUGACCAUGCAGAAACCGGCUGUGCGAUCCCUGAUGAUGAAACCCCUCUUCCUAUAUGUAUCUCGUGCAUCGAUGCCGUUAUCGUGGCCUCGACAUCCAGGAUAUCGACGAUGCUGAGCGCUCUGCUGCUCUUCAGCUCUGUGCUGAGUGCAGAGGCUGUUCGACUCAACUUUACGCGGACACACCUCUCCCAUGAGGUUAGGGACCUCAUCGCGCGCAACCCGCGAGUUUCGAGAAGCUUACCAUCGAGGUUUACAAGGGAGACUCAUUUGAAGGUGGAGAGGAGGCAGAGCAGCGAGGACACCGAGACGGCAAGCUAUGUGAACAAUUUGUACACAGCGCCGAUUACUGUGGGUGACAAGGAAUACCUCGUGGUGCUAGACAGUGCGAACACCGAUCUAUGGGUCGACAAUGCACCAGACGAUGCGACCGACACGGGAGUCGACCUCACCCUCAACUACGAUGUCGUUGGUGGCCACCUCGAGCUCGAAGGUUCAAUCAGCAUCGCGCCAGUUAAGUUCGGUACAUACGAGAUCGCAGAGCAGGCUUUCCUCGACGUGGAGGACGAUGAGGGAAAACUGUUCGAGCUCCUGGGUUUCAACGGAUUCUUCGGUCUAGGGUUGGAGUACUCGCGACCUUCUCAAAUUGAGAAGGCUCUCGAAGAGGCUGGUGGCGAGCACGCGACGCAAGGGCAAACCGUCCUCGAGAACAUUUUCGCUUCCUCCCCCUCUCUCGAACGAUUCAUCGCCGUCGAUCUGGGACGAAAGGACGACAACCGUGACAUUGAAGGCAUCGAGCUCAGUAUCGGAGAGUAUCCGGAAGCCUGGGCUGAGAUUCAGGAAACGCCAGCCAUCGACCUCUACCCCGAUAACGCGGAAAGCUGGACUGUUCUCGUUGAAGCCAUUCGCGUCGCCGAGAUUCCGCUGGAUUUGAAGUCCAAGGUCAAGGGCGUUCCCGCAGGCAAGGCCCUCGCCCACCUCAACAUCGGAGAUCCAGAGACCCUACUCCCGCCCGCCCUCAUCGACGAGCUGUAUGGAAACAUUGAAGGAGCUGCUUCGUUUACUCUUGACGGAGAGAAGCGAUGGCUAGUUCCCUGUCUCACUGAAGACGUGACGCAAUUCACUAUCAGUGGUCGCUCUUUCCCGGUUCACCCUCUCGACUUGAGUGAUAUCUGGCAGGAUCGCCCUUCCGAACUCGAGGACUACACCGUCUGCAUCAACUCCUUCCGCCCCAUGUCUACCAGCGAGGAAGACUUCGAUCUCAACUUGGGUUCCUCCUUCCUCCGCAACGUCCAGACCGUAUUUGGGUUCCCGGAGAAGGAUGGAAGUGGCGAACCGUACAUCCUCAUGCAAGCAGAUACGGAGGAGAACAAGGUCGACACGCAAGUUCGAGUCAUCCGUGGUGGCCAGAUGGAAGAACUCCCCGAGGAACUCUCCCCUGACGAGGCUGUUGCUAUCCUCAAGGGCGGAUCUGCCAAAUCCAGUGCUAGACCCACGAACGGCCGAAACAAGGAGGCUCACCGCACCGCGGAUGGCACUGGUGCCUCUGUACCGACUGGAAGCAGUGAUUCGGCAGUGCUCAGCGCCGAAUCCUCGGAUUCGACGACGCUGGACAAGUACAUGCCUGCGAUCCUAGCGCUGUUGUCACUCAACAUUCUCAUUGGACUGGGUUUGGUUGUGUUGGGGGUGCUGAAUUACAUCAAGAGGAACGGUAGUGGGAGGAAGACCGGUCCUCAUGUUUACGUCCCCGUGAAGGCCGCUGAGACUUCAUGA